UCAUCGCGUGUGUCGCUCCAUCCUGGAGGAACACGCUGUUGUCUGCCUGCGUUGCACUUCAUCCUCUCCUCAUGCGAUAACCACGACGUCGCCGCUCCGGCCUCAAUCCACCGCCCGUCGACCGCGAUAGACUACUCCCAGGCAACCUCGCCAUGUGGCGUUCAUUAUGCGCUGCGUCUGUCGUGACGCUGCUGUCCUUUCCAUGCACGGCCUCGGCUGCCUUCAGUACGAACGAAUUCUACACCACCAACGCUGAUCUCCUAGCUCGAAACGAUCCCUUCAACCUGUUUGUCCGCGAGAAACGACCCGAGGACUGCCCGCCAUGUUUCAAUUGCAACCUUGACGAUUUCAAGUGCAUGCAAUACGGCAACUGCACCAAGAGCAGUGGCAAGUGCUCUUGUCCCUCUGGAUUCGGUGGCGAAGAUUGUAGCCAGCCGCUCUGCGGCUCUCUAGCAGAUGGCAAGGACAGGUUGCCACGAGAAGGCGAUCAAUGCAGUUGCAAAGAUGGGUGGGGAGGCAUCAACUGCAACGUGUGCGAGACCAAUGAUGCGUGCAAUGCUAUGAUGCCGGAAGGCAAGGACGGCAUUUGCUACCGGGAGGGCUUGGUCCAGAAGGAGAACUACCAGAUGUGUGAUAUCACGAACCGCAAGAUUUUGGACACACUUAAAGACAAGAAGCCGCAGGCUACCUUCAGCUGUAAUGCUGAAAGGGCAGAGUGCAAUUUCCAGUUCUGGGUGGAUCAGAAAGAGAGCUUCUACUGCGCACUCGACACAUGUACCUGGGAUCUGAAGGCGACGGAUACCAAGAACACAACCAGCUACCACUGUGAACAUAUCAAGUGUUCGUGUGUUCCAGGUCGCAUGCUCUGUGGCGAGAAGGACAGCAUCGACAUUGGUGAUUUUCUGGAUCAAUCCAUCCAGGGACCUGCAGGCUUCACCUCUGUCAGCAGCCUAGAUGGAAAAGGAGAUGGCAGCACUUUCACUGAGCCGGCCAUGAACGAUCUGAUAUCGAACGUGUUCGGAGAUCCAAGCAUCAUGCUCAAGUGCCACAGCGGUGAGUGCCUGUACAAGAAUGAGGUUCCAGGAUACACCAGGCCCAUCAAGACCAUCAACACACCACUAAUUGCUGGGGUGAUCUCUGGUGUUGCGCUCUUUAUAGUGGCGCUCGUGCUGCUCAUUUACUUCAUGAACCGGAGAAGCGUGAACAAGUGGGGCUACAUUCACCUGUCGGAGGACGAAGAGGAGGAGAAUGCCAGAUUGUUGGCAGACCACAAGCCAGCGUCCUUGUUCUUCGAGAAUGUUGCCUACAACAUCAAGGGCAAGCAGGUCUUGACAAAUGUCUGUGGUGCUGUGCAUCCUGGUGAGCUGCUCGCAAUCAUGGGCGCAUCAGGUGCUGGCAAGACGUCCUUCCUUGACAUUUUGGCACGCAAGAAGAAACGAGGCCUUGCCACCGGAGACUUUUAUCUCAACGGAGAGAAGAUCCCUGACGACGACUUCAGGAACGUCAUUGGCUUUGUGGAUCAAGAGGACACCUUGCUGCCAACCUUGACUGUGCAUGAAACGAUUCUGGACUCUGCUCUGCUUCGCCUUCCCAGGGAGAUGAGCCGCGCUGCAAAAGAGCAGAAAGUAGAGGAUGUCGAGAGACAACUCGGUAUCUUCCACAUCAGACACCAAAUUAUUGGCUCUGAAGAGAGCGGACGUGGCAUCUCUGGCGGCGAGAAGCGCCGCGUUGGCAUUGCCUGCGAGCUGGUGACCAGCCCAAGCAUUCUGUUCCUGGACGAGCCAACCUCAGGCCUCGAUGCCUACAAUGCGUUCAAUGUUGUGGAAUGUCUCGUUACUUUGGUCAAGAGCUACAACAGGACUGUUGUGUUUACUAUCCAUCAGCCACGCUCGAACAUCGUGGCCUUAUUCGAUCAACUCAUCCUUCUUUCACAGGGUCGCACUGUCUACAGUGGACCCUUCCGCGAAUGCCAGAACUACUUCGACAGUAUAGGAUAUUCGUGUCCGCCUGGUUUCAACAUUGCAGACUACUUGGUAGAUCUGACGAUGCAUGCCACUGCAGGCCACGACUCAGACGACAUCGAGGACGACUAUCAGUCCCAGACUGAUGGGAGGAUUACUAGAGCAAGCUCUACUAUGGCUGUGAAGAGCAUUGCCAGUGUCAGCAAUGUCAGUGUCGGCGAGUCGACAAACGAGAGCGCUGAGCACAACGUAGUGCGACCGCGAGGCAAGCGUAGUCUUAGCAUUCGCCAGCAGCAAGAGAGGCAGCUGUUCUCUAGGAAGAGCACAGAAGUGCCUACCAGCUCGCACAGUGUGCAGAGCGAGGGUGAGAGCACAUUUGGUGACCAAGACAGCACGCGGCAGCAAUGGCUCAAGUUAUCCAAGCAGCAAGGAGCACCUCCCCCUCAGAUCUUGGACGAUCCUCACAACCUCCCACCAGCAGUACAAGGCGCGACUGGAACCAGUCUAGACUACUUGGUCGCCUCUUAUCAACAAUCAGAGGUGGCAGCUGAGUUGCGCAGCGAUCUUCAGAACGCCAUUUCUGGAGCAGGACACAGCAAUGGAAAUGGCAAUGUUCCCGGGUCACCAAACGGAACAGCCAGCAGUAAGCAGUUCAAAGGAUACCGAAAGCCAUGGAUCACCGCGCAGUUCGUCAUUCUCUCACGGAGAACGUGGCGUAAUCUCUACCGCAAUCCGAUGCUCAUGCUCACGCACUAUGCUAUUGCCAUUGUGCUAGCAGUGUUCCUGGGCUUCCUCUUCUACGGCCUCACAGACGAUCUGAAAGGAUUCCAAAACCGACUCGGCUUCUUCUUUUUCUUGCUGGCGCUCUUCGGCUUCAGCACUCUGACCUCACUCACCGUGUUCGCACCCGAGCGUCUCCUCUUCUUGCGCGAACGCUCCAAGGGCUACUACAACCCUCUGGCAUACUACCUAUCCAAGGUCGUCUUCGACAUUGUCCCUCUUCGCCUCAUUCCACCUUUCAUUAUGGGCUGCAUUGUCUAUCCCAUGACAGGUCUCAUCCCCGCCUGGAGCGAAUUUCUGAAAUUCAUGCUCUUCAUUGUGCUUUUCAACCUCGCUGCAGCUAUGAUCUGCCUGACCAUCGGCAUCUGUGUUCGCAACCAAGGCGUUGCGAAUCUCCUGGGCGUCUUGGUGAUGCUCUUCAGUCUGCUUUUCGGAGGCUUUUUACUCAACCAGGAAACUAUUCCUCGACCACUCUUGUGGUUGCAAUCGCUCUCCAUCUUCCACUACGGCUUCGAAGGUCUCAUCGUCAACGAAGUCCGAUACUUAUCUCUCGUGGACAAGAAGUACGGUCUGAAUAUCGAAGUUCCUGGCUCAGCGAUUCUGUCGAGUUUUGGCUUCAAUGUUCUGGCUUUAUGGCAAGAUGUAGUGGGUUUGUCAGUGUUCUGUGGUGUUUUCCUGGUCCUCGGGUAUGCGGCGAUACACUUUUUAUUGGUUGAGACGAGAUGAGAGGAACUGGUUACUAGCUAUGGCAUGAGGGUACGACUCUGUUGUUGCUUGCUGUAAAUACCUUGCUUGCGCUUGUGCGCAAGUGUAUGUAUACAUGUUAGAGGACGCGAAUGGACGACAGGAAGCGUUCUUAUGGGUGAUAGAAUGGACUGGUGGUAUCAAUGCUUUGAGGUGUGAGAAAUGGAAUGACAAAUAUGAUCUUACGAUGACUGCCGU